UUUCAGAACUUGCACUACAUCUUCCGUUAACAAUGCCAUCUUGCGAGAUCAAAUUCGACUUCAACGACUCUGACGAGUCAGUCACUGUUCGUGAAACUCGCAUUAUCCUGCUUCUUCCAGUCAUCCGUCGCGCUGUUGAGCUCCAGUAUCCGGAUUUCGCGACCGAGGAGAAUGCGGUGAUUGAAGCUCCAUUCAGGGUUCCAUUCAAGAAGGAUGCUGGAGUAUUCCUCUUCGAUACCAUCGCUCGCUACGCUGCACCAACCGAUGACAAUGUCCAUGAGAUCACUGUUGAACAAAGUUACCCAGAAGCUGGACCGAAGACCUUGGAUGAGCUCAAAGAAAUCAUUGAACUCGCCAACUUCUGGGAGUGUACCACUUACAUGGAGUGCAUCGGAUUUGCGAUUGCAAAGAAGUUGGAGGACAAGACCAUCGAAGAGAUCGCCGCUUUCAUGGGAGUCGAAUGCAAUCCACCAGGAAACUUCUUCGCAGAGGAAGACGGAUGGAUUCAUCCACCAGCAGACGCUUUCCAGAAUGUCCAAUAGAUCCGAUCCCCUCGUAAUUUGCUCUGAUCUCCCACUGCCAAUUUCCAUGAUUUUGUGUUAAAUAUAUUCAAGCUCAAUACUUUCACUUUUUACCUCCUUGUAAUAUAUUAAAUACUUAUCAGAACUUUUUCAAAUUGAUUUUAAGGAAUGAAUAAAAUGAUUUUCUCG